CGGCUGCUUCUGUCUGAAUAGCAGCAGCUACGUGUAGCUGCGUGGUUUUAGCUCGUGGUUUUAGCGAAAGAGUAAUUCAGUCUGUCAUUUCUUCCUUUUGUUGAUCAUCUUCAGAAAGUUUAGUAAUGGCGAACGAUUCUGUGAAACUCUCCAAAAACUUGCUACGCAUGAAGUUCAUGCAGAGAGGUCUGGACGCAGAGACGAAGAAGCAGCUGGAAGAAGAUGAGAAGAGGAUCAUCAGUGAUGAACACUGGUACCUGGACCUGCCGGAGCUUAAAGCUAAAGAGAACUUGAUCGUAGAGGAGAAGAGUUUUGUUCCCUGUGAGGACCUGAAGUAUGGACGCAUCUCGUUCAAGGGUUUCAAUCCAGAAGUCGAGAAACUGAUGGCUCUGAUGAAUCCAAAGGAUGAAGAGGAGAAAGAGGAAGAGGAGGUCAGCCGGAUGCAAACGGACGUCACAGAUGAAGAAAUGGCUCUGAGGUACGAGAGUUUAGUCGGAAGCAUGAAGAAGAAGUUUGCAAAGAAGCGUCAGAGAGCAGCAACAGAAGAAGAAGAAGAAGAAGAAGACCUCAACCACAACGUUCUAGAAACCAACACAAAGAGGGUCUUUCUGAAGCCGCAGGACUGAACCCACCUGUGUUUGCAGAACUGAGCAUCAGUGGCUGUUGUGGAGCAGCGUGCGCCGUGUUUUAAGGCUGAUUGGAUGUUAUACAUCCUGUAUGUUUUUGUUUUUUUUUUAAAGAGAGAGACUGCUGAGAGAGUCAUGAACAGUGUUUUUACAGUUUGUGCAGAGACCCUCAUUAAAUGCACAGCGCAGUGUAUUCGUACGUCUGUGGGUUCUUUAAAUAGCUCUGGAAGCGGCAGUUUAGCAUUUUGGGAAAGACAUCUCCUGACUUUUCAGAGGUGAAGACGUUUGAGUCUGACAGUAAAACCAGAUGCAGAAUAACACCAGACUGAUCUGAGCCUCUGGACGACUGAACUUCAAACAUCUCAAAGCACCAACAAACAUACAUACAAAGAAAACAAAGUUAGAAUUGUAUCCGAGUUACAUAAAAAAUUAAUAUCAAAUAAACACUCAACUAAAUACAUCAAAGAAAAAUGGGAAUCAGAAUUUAAGAUAAAAAUCAUGGAUGAAGAGUGGCUAAACGUGGAAAAUACACCACACAGCCACUAAUUCACGGAUCUGGAGGGAGUUCUCCUGGAAAAACCUGAUACGUUUUUUUUUUAUUUCACCCAAGGUCAAGAGGAAACAGCUGAACAAAAAUGUGCCUUGUUGGAGAGACUGUGGAAUAAUGAAUGUGGAUCACUCGCACAUUUUCUGGAAAUGUGAUAAAAUCAGAUGGUUCUGGAAAAUGUUACACGAUGCAUUGCUGAGAAUACUUGGAUAUAAGAUUCCAAUGUCUUUUACAGUGUUGUAUUUGUGUAACCUAUGUGUAGAAAAUAUAAGAACAAAGGAUAGAUACCUGGUAAAAAUACUACUAAUAGCAGCUAAGAGAGCUAUCACGAAGAAAUGGGGAAGGGAAGACGCCCCUACACAAGAACAAUGGACUCACCUGGUAGAGGAAAUCUACACAAUGGAAAAAACGAUACACCGCUUCAGGCUACAGGAAGCUCAGUUCAAAGAGAAAUGGAUGAAAUGGACAAUAUUUAUGACUAAACAACGACAAAACAAAAAACUUGAUUGAGGAAAAGAAAAUGGAAUAUGGACAGAUUGCUUUGAAAGUGUCUCCCGUGUGUUUUUCUGUGUUUUAGUAUUAUUUUGAUCCACCUUUGUAAAAGAAAAAUUCUCAAUAAAAACCAAAGUGAAAAAAAAAAAGCACCAACAAACAAGAGUCCUCUGACCUCCAUCACCACAUGACCGUGAUGUAAGAUAAGAUAAGACUUUAUUUAUCCCCAGCCGGGGACGUUCAGGUGUGGCAGGCAGCAGCAAUAGCAACAGAAUAAAAAAUAAACAAAAUAAAAGCGGACUAUAUGUAUGUACAUUUUAUACAAAGGACUAUAUAAAACAAAAAAUAUGUUGUAGCGGCACGACUUUCCCAUGAGCCUCAGCUCCUGCUGAGUCCUGCUGGUUCAAGGUCGGUGUGUUCGGCGAGGCUCACGAUGAAGGCGUCGAACACGGCGGCGGGACAGCAGCGGUGGACGAACGGGAGCAGCCAUCCCAUGUGCCCGGGGGUGUACACGGGUUUGGGAUGAACUGACAGCAGAGCGUGACAAAUGUCGUCCACCACAGGAGACAAGUCCUCCAGAGACCGCUGGGACAUUUUGGACAGACUGUCGGGGAGGGACGAGAUGUACGCCUCCCCAUAAUCC